UUGAGGUUUCCUGCCACAGUUAAUGAUGUCACAAAGCUUUCCACAAUAGUUUGAAGAUUUUCAAGCAUAAAAAGACAUUGGGCAAUACCACCGGAGUUACACAAUGAUUGCCAUCCUGAUGACAGUGAUCUUGGGCAUCCCUCUGGGGAAUGCCUUCAGUGUUUCACAGCCAUACUAUGUAGUGGGCAGUCAGGGACAAGCAUCCUUGCAUUGCACCUUCAGCAUCAAGGCAAAAGAAAUGAAAGUGUCCCUGUAUAAAGGGAUGUAUGGGGAAGAAAGGAUUUGCAGUGCCAAUAUCAACAUCUCAGAGCCCCACAUAGUGACAGAUGGUAAGGUGCACUGCAGAGGAAAUGUAAGCAAAGGCAGAGUGGACCUGACCAUCUUUGGCUUGAAGGGGGAGGACACUGACCUCUAUCGAUGCCAAGUGGAGAUCAUUUUUCCACCACCGUACCUCAGCAAGUUUGGGAAUGGCACACUGGUGUAUAUUCCAGAAACCCCAGACUGCCCCACUGAACACACCGAGGCUAGAAUCCAGGACAACCCAGAGAUUACACCCAUCCAAAGCCCCUCACUACCCCUUAUUCUGAUAUGUGCCAUUCUCAUAACCACCACCAUCAUCCUCAUUCUGCAGGUGAUGAACAUGAUCAUUACACCAUCAAAGUCCAAUCACGUGCCACAAAUAGCUCCACAGAAAGGCGAUUACAUGAACUUCUGGUGAUAUGUACAGUAUUUAUCACUGAUCUCCAACUAAUUCUGCAUUAUUACAGAAUAACUACUAUUUUUUUUAUUAAAAAAAUGCUUA